GGUCACCAAACUACGGCCCGCGGGCCGGAUACGGCCCGUCAGCACAUUUGGCCCGGCCCUCUGAACAAUACCAGAGACGCUAUCGAAUUUUUUUCCUAUUUGGCCUCCAGAAAAAAAAUCCUAGGCCCGGCCCUGUCAAAGAGAGAACGGAAUAAUGGCGAAAAGGUUAGGUAAGAGAAAAAUUGAUUCAGAAUGCAGGGUAUUUAACCUGCAGUGGACAAACUAUUUUUUUUUUGUUCAAUGCAAAGAAAAGGCUGUUUGUCUCAUCUGUCAAGAGACGGUGGCGGUAUUCAAAGAAUACAAUCUUCGCCGACACUAUGAAUCCCGUCACAAAGACAAGUACGAUAGCUUGCAAGGCCAAAUACGAGCAGACAAACUCUCAAAGCUAAAAAGUGGACUACUAUCUCAGCAGAAUACAUUUGUACCCCAAGCUCAGCUGAACCAGGCAUCCGUUCGGGCCAGCUUUCGGGUUGCUAAACUGAUAGCAAGAAGCGGUAAGCCUUUCACUGACGGAGAGUUUGUUAAGAAAUGUAUGUAUGCUGUCGCGGAGGAGGUGUGUCCCGAGAAGAAAGAUGCAUUUAAUGCCGUAAGUCUGUCGGCGAGUACAAUCACCAGACGCGUUGAAGAAAUCGGGAGUAAUGUAUAUGCCCAGCUGCAGCAGAAGACGAAAGAAUUUGACUUUUUUUCAUUAGCACUGGAUGAGAGCACGGACGUGCAAGACACAGCGCAACUGCUCAUUUUUAUUCGUGGAGUUAGCGCAAACUUUGAGAUAUGCGAGGAGCUGGCAGCCCUCCAAAGUCUCAAAGGGACUACAACGGGAGAGGAUAUUUUUGACAAAGUGUGCCAAACCAUGGAGAAGUUGGACCUGGACUGGUCAAAGCUAGCUAGCAUCACGACUGACGGGGCUCCUAGCAUGGUGGGCGAAACUCGCGGUCUAAUAGGACGCAUGAACCGGGAGUUGGAAAAAAGGGGUCUCACCGCCCCGCUACGAGUCCACUGCCUAAUUCACCAGCAAGCACUGUGCUGCAAAGUGUUGAAGUGGGAUUCUGUAAUGACGGUUGUGGUGUCGUGCAUAAACUUCAUCAGAGCAAAGGGACUUAAACACAGGCAGUUCCAAGAAUUCCUGUCUGAACUGGAGUCUACGCACGGAGAUGUGCUGUACUACACAGAGGUCCGAUGGCUGAGCCGGGGCAGAGUUUUGAGGCGUUUUUACGAGCUGCUACCCGAAAUUAACGCAUUUCUUCAUUUAAAAGACAAAACGGUCCCAGAGCUGAUCGACCCAGAAUGGAAAUGGCACCUCGCAUUUUUAACAGACGUGACAGAAAUACUUAACAGCCUUAACUUGCAGCUACAAGGCGAGGGGAAACUCAUUUGCGACAUGUAUUCACACAUAAAAGCAUUUGAGGUGAAAUUAGCGCUGCUUUUGGAACAAGUGAAAAAGCGCAACUUCGUUCAUCUUCCUGCUACCCAAAACCUGUCGACAGAGAACCCAGCGGUCCCGUUCCCAGCUGAAAAGUGCGUGGAAGCACUGGAAAUGCUGAAGGCGGAGUUUGGUGUGCGAUUCAGUGAACUACAUGUUCAUGCAAAAGAAAUCCGUCUUUUUCAGAACCCCUUUGUUGCCGACAUUGAUGAAGCCCAGCCUUCAUAUCAGUUUGAGUUGGCUGAGUUACAGAACUGUGAUGUUCUGAAAGACGCAUUCAAGCCCAACAGUCUCAUUGACUUCUAUGCCGCCCUCCCAAACGACACAUAUCCAAACAUCAAAAAACACGCAAUGAAAAUGUCCACAGUUUUUGGCAGCACGUAUAUCUGCGAGAAAACCUUUUCUCGCAUGAAACUGCUGAAAACCCCGAUGAGAUCAAGAUUGACAGAUGAACAUUUGCAUCAGUGCUUGAGACUGGCUGUAACUAGAAUGGAACCUGAUAUUCAACUUCUCACCAGCCAGAUGCAGGCCCACAGUUCACACUGAUGAACAUACAUAGGGAAGUUGAUGAGAGAGAGCUGCAAACAGCGGUGUCUACAAGCCUACUGGAACCUACAAAAGGAUUAUAAGGAAGGAACACAAGAACUUUAAGAGACUGCUCAUAUGUGUCAGAGAGAUUCUGCUCUGACAACUGAGCUGAACUUUUAUCUGUUAAGAUUGUGCAUGGCACGACAGAAAGUUAAUGUUCCAUGGCUUUUUUUUCUAUGAAGAACCCAGAGAGAGUUAUUUAGUUAUUAUUUAUUUCCUGUUUUUUCUGUGAAGAACUCAGAGAGGGUUAUUUAGUUAUUAUUUAUUUCAUUAAUAGUGUUAUUAUUUGUUUCCUGACUUUUUUUCUGUAAAGAACCUGGAAAGGGUUAUUUGGUUAUGUGUGGCUUUCUGGAAAACAAUAAAUUUUUUAAGCUCCCCUACGAUCGUCACACUUUUUCUGUUACAAACUGACACCGGCCCCCCA